UGAAGCCGACAUGUCUCGAGAGAGCGGGCGCGAAGCGCAGCCGCCGCAGGACGCCCCGCAGUCCCAGAGCGGUACCAGCUCCUCCUCCGGCGGGUCCCAAGGCACCAGCCAGUCUUCCUCCAGCUCGGGGACGCUCAGUUCUUUGGACACUGUUCCUACCCAGGAGCUUCCAUCUAUCCCUGAGGACCAGGAAUCUGAAGAGCUUGUUCCUCAGCCGUGGGGUCGGCUCUUUGCACUCGGGAAAGGUUUCAGCAACUGGGACUGUGUGAAUGAUGAAUACUGGUUCGGAAGAGACAAAAGCUGUGACUAUAGUUUUUCUAAGCUAGGACUGUCUGAAACUGGCUUCUACCAGAACUAUAGCAAGAAGCACUUCCGAAUUUUCAGGGAAAUGGGUCCAAGAAGUUCACAUGUUGCCUACAUUGAAGACCACAGUGCAAAUGGAACCUUUGUUAACAGAGAGCUCAUUGGAAAAGGGAACAGGCUUCCACUGACUCACAACUCUGAAAUUGCACUGUCUGUACAGACUAAUAAGGUGUUUGUAUUUUCUGAUCCUAUGGUGGAUGAUCAGUUGGUGUUUCCUCGAGAAUUCAGAGAGAAAUAUAUCAUGUCCAAGACUUUGGGAAGUGGUGCCUGUGGAGAAGUCAAACUGGCGUUUGAGAAGAGCACUUGUAACAAAGUCGCGGUGAAGAUCAUCAAUAAACGGAAGUUUCUGGCGAGUGGGAUUGAGGCAAAUCCAGCUUUUAAUAUCAGUACAGAAAUUGAAAUUUUGAAGAAAAUAGAUCAUCCUUGCUUAAUCAAGAUCAAAAACUUCUUUGAAGCAGAGGAUUACUACAUUGUGUUGGAACUGAUGGAAGGAGGAGAAUUGUAUGACAGAGUGUCAAGGCCAGUCAAGAUGAAAGAAGCUACCUGCAAGUUGUAUUUUUAUCAGAUGCUGCUGGCUGUAAAGUAUCUUCAUGACAAUGGAAUUAUACACCGAGAUCUAAAGCCAGAGAAUGUGCUGCUUUCAUCCUCUGAAGAGACAUGUCUGAUAAAGAUUACAGAUUUUGGACAAUCCAAGAUUCUUGGAGAAACUUCUCUUAUGAAAACUUUAUGUGGUACUCCCACGUAUCUUGCUCCUGAGGUUCUAAAUUCACUUGGGACUGCUGGAUACAGCCGAGCUGUGGACUGCUGGAGUUUAGGAGUUAUUCUUUUUGUAUGCUUGUGUGGCUAUCCACCGUUCAAUGAGCAGAAUACUCAACUGUCCCUGAGAGAUCAAAUCACUCGUGGAGAAUACACGUUCAUUUCAAAAGAAUGGAAGCAUGUGUCACAGCUGGCUCUGGAUCUUGUGAAGAAGCUGUUAGUAGUGGAUCCAAGCAAGCGUCUUACAACUGAGGAAGCCUUAGAGCAUCCUUGGCUUCAGGAUGAAGAUAUGAAGAGUACGUUUCAACAGCUACUUUCUCAGACAUGUGCCAGUAUGAACCCACAGCAGGCGUCAGAGAUGCCAAUCACCACAAGAAAGCGUCUCCAUGAAAAUGAGGAAGAAUCUGGCUCUUCGAAGCGUACUGUUCCUUCGACGUCAUUGCAGAAAAUGAGGUGAAAAAAGAGAAAGUGACUUUUGUUACUUACAGCUUUUUUAUGGAAAGCAGAUUUUUUUAUUUAAGAAAAAUCUUAAUAAUGGAAUAAAUGUUGAAGAUGCAAUUGCUAAAUAAAAAUAACUUUGUAAGACUGAAGU